AUGACAAGCGCAGAGCGAGGUUUCACGGGGUCGGAAGAACCGACCGGCGAGGUGGCCGCAGCGAGAGUGGCCGGAGCGCUCCUGGGCGUGGAGACCCCGAGGGGCUCUCCGGUCUCCACAGGCGGACGCGCCACCGUGCCCAGCGGACCUGGGCCCUUUGGAGAAAGGAGUUCAGACCGCAGCUUUCAAACUGGGCCCCACCCCCGCACCCCGACACCGCCCUUGGAAAUUUAA